AUGCAGCAAGGUUUGACCCCAGUAUACUUCUUCUCCCAUGGAUCUACGAUGAUGCUGGGAGAGGAGUCUGCUUCUGCAGAUUUCUGGAAAGCGUGUGGAGAUGAAGCCCUCCAGAACAAGGUGAAAGGAAUAAUCAUGAUGGGAGCACAUUGGGAUUGUAAAGGCCACAACACAAUCGAAGUUGCCAUGAACCCGAACCCAGGCAAAAGUCCAAUCGCAUAUGUCGAUCCACGGAUCUACAAAGAGUACAAGCUCGUCCCUGACUUGGAGACUGGUCAAAGAUGCAUUGAUAUCUUACAGCGUGCACAUAUUGACGCGAAGCCGAAUCCGUCGUUUGAAUGGAUUCACGACACCUUUCUCGUUCUCAUUCGGAUGUUUCCUCAAGGCAUGCCACCGACAGUACUUCUGUCGCUGAAUGCCCGAUACGAUCCACAUUUCCACAUGCGAAUUGGGUCGAUACUGCGGCCACUCCGAAAGGAAGGAUAUAUCUUUGUCGGCACUGGGGGUGCGGUGCAUAACCUCUAUCGUAACAAAUGGGGCCCAAUGGUCAAAUAUCGCGACAACUUCGCCAUGACUACUCCCCCGGAAGGGUGGGCUCUUGAGUUUCGUCAGGCGGUAGAAGACGUGAUCACAAAGAACUCGGGCCCUUCGUUAAGGCGCGCGAUGACCAGGCUGUUGAAACACCCAGAGUAUAGGGAUGCUCAUGGUACGGACGAGCAUUUCAUGCCUGCGUUGUUUGUUGCCGGAGCGGCUGGUGAUGCCGAGGAUGAAGGAGUCUACGGUCGACUUGGGGCGGAGGAUUGGGAAUUGACCAACAUGUGUAACAGCCAGUUUAUCAUCGGUUGCUGGGCGUGA